UUUCCUUUUCUUUCUGUAAAAUCCAACGGUGAAACCCUUGUGGUCACUUUUUAGAACUCGAGAAGAGAAGAGACACUAAGCCACUGACUGAAAAAGCUCUGUUUCAAUGGAAGAAGUGAAAGCAGCGGUGGCUCCUCCUUUUCCCCCGGCGACGAAGAAGAGGCCACUCGACUCCAAUGCUCACUCCACCUACUUCAAGAUUCGUGCCGUUAUUCGAGACCUUCGUCCUCACAUUCUCGAGGUUAUCCGAACACCUGACUACAAAAAGUGCAAGGCAUCCCGUGAAAUUCAACAACAGCUGAAGAUCGUGACCAGGUUAUGUGAAAGCAUGAAAGAUGACCAGUCAAAGGCUGGUCAGAACAUUGAUGAGAAAGCACCCAAAGAGCAGCAGUCUCUACCAUCUGAAAUUAAGCUUACUCCACCAGUUCCUGGCUUUCAGAAGCAUGUGGUUGAAGAUGGUCUUCCAGGGACCUAUGUAGUUGGAGGAUCUGCAUUUGGCUGGAAUUUUAUCACCUUUGCAGGCAAAGAUCCUGUCUAUUACGGUAGGUCAAAGGAAGAAUUUCGAACUGGAAAAGUUUCUAAGUAAUCCUAUGGAACUUUAAACCCCUAUAUUGAUGGUCAGGAAGAACAAUAGAGUGUAAGUGGUUAUCUUAAACAUUUCUUUAAUGAUAAACUUUUUUUAAGUUACAAGACACUUGAUAGACGUCGCAAUGGAUCUGAGAUUGGUUAGAUUUUAA